CAUCUUCUUCUCUCUGCUUCUUUCUGAGGAGUAGACGACCGGUUCAAGAUGGCGGCGUGCGGCAUGAUGUCAAUGGGAACGAUUGCUGGCCAGCAUAUGUUUACUUUGGACAUUAAUGAUUGGUGCACCACUACCUCGUCAAGCCACAGAACAAAAAAGGCACAGUUGCUGGUGUAACAAUUGAAAUCAAAUAUUUGACUUCUCUUAAGUACAUGCGGCUAAUGAGAUGAACGGUCGUCAAGAAGAAGAUCCCCUUCAGCAGAGAGGGGGCUCCUCUUUGAAACAAAAUGAGCCACAGCUCCCCCAUGUUAAGGAAGAAGAAGAGGAAGUGUGGAUCAGUCAGGAGGGAGAAUGUGUUCUAGGGCAGGAGGACGCUGAUCUUACCAAGUUUCCACUGACUGGUGUCUCUGUGAAGACUGAAGACCAUAAAGACAAACCACCCGAGUCCUCACAGCUUCAUCACAGUCCAAAGGUCUGUGAAAAACAUAUUCUCCCUGAGCAACACGAGUGGAUCUUUAGGAUGGAGCAGGAGGAGCCCCAGCCCUCCCACUUUAAAGAGGAAGACGAAGCGUCACAGACUCCUCACGUUAAAAAGGAAGUGGAGGACCCACUGACCCCCCACCUUAAAGAGGAAGAGGGAGAACACAGCAUCAGUCAGGAGGGAGAGAAUCUUGAAUGGUUGGAGGAGUUCCCAGUGACUGGUGUGAUUGUAAAGAGUGAAGAUGAUGAGGUCAAAGAUGAAAGUGAGGAAAAGAGAGUGGUGGAGCCUCCAAGCAGCAGCUCAACUCAACACAUGACAACAGAAGCUGAUGGAGACCACUGUGGAGGAUCACAAGCAGACAAGCUCUUAGCUCCACUACCAGAUAGUAAGGACACAACGUCACACUCUCCUGACACUGAGGAUGAAGACACUAAAGCUGAUAAGACAUGUCACACUGACAACACACGUUUGAAAUGUUCUUACUGUGACAAAACUUACAAAUACCAUUGUCGUCUGAAAGUACACACAAGAAUACACACCGGAGAAAAACCUUUUUCCUGCUCAGAAUGUGGUAAAGGCUUUAUAACCGGUCAAUAUUUAAAAGUACACAUGAAAAUACACAUUGGAGAAAAACCUUUCUCUUGUUCAGUCUGUGGUAAAGGUUUUACACAAAGGCAUGGUUUGAAAAGCCACACAAGAAUACACACUGGAGAAAAGCCUUUUUCCUGUACAAUCUGCGGUAAAGAUUUUGUACAAAAUCAGCAUUUAAAAGUACACAUGAGAAUACACACUGGUGAAAAACCAUAUUCCUGUUCAAGCUGCACCAAAAGUUUUUGUGACCAAUCAAGACUUGUAGUACACAUGAGAACACAUACUGGCAAGAUGGUGUACAGUUGCAGUGUGUGCGAUGAAAGAUUCUCUUAUAAGUACGAGUGUAAGAAACACAAGUGUGCUGGUGAGAACAGCAGCAGCAAAUGAAGCUGCAGGAUUUGAAAUCAACUGUCAACUUUGACUCUUUUAUUCAGGCAAGUACAUGCAUUAAUAUGCAACAUUGUGUACUUUUAUUUAAAAAUAAACAGAACAAUGUGAAAAGGUGAGAGUAAACAGCACAAAAUAUAUGU